AUGUCGAAACGUCCAAAUGACGAUAUAAACGAAAUCAACACCGAGGCCAAGAAAAUGGCAAUAACUUGGCAACUGAAAUCACUCACCGACAAGGUAAAACGAGAGUCAAGAAAGAAGCCAGGGGCACCAACAAUGUGUAAAUUCUGCCACGGAACACACGAGGCAUACGCAUGCAACAUCAUCCCUCAAGAAAAGAAGUUGUCAAUUGCCUUCAAAAGAAAGAUAAUUUGCCUAGGACAGGCAAAACACCACCCAGCCGCAUGCUAUGGACUGAAACGAACAGACCACUUGUGCCAAGAGGAAACCUGCCAGAAAGAUUUCCAAAUCCACCAUAAAUCGAUCUGCGACAAGGCCCCUCCACACGAAGAAGAGGACAUAGGACUCGAUCAACUCAUUAGAGAUAACGAGGACGAUAACAUCCAAGCGACCCAAUGA